ACUCUGAAUAGUCUGGUUGUCGUACAAAUCCGGCUCAAAUUAACGGAUUUUAUGUUCUUGCUUUCCAAGUACUUGUUGGUGCACUUGUAAAUUAAGCUUUUAAGAACACGAGCGUGCAAUUUGAGACACAGUCUUUGCGAAAUGUUUUGCACGGUCUGCACUUAUGGAUAAGCUAACGUAAUGUUAGCCAGAUUUCUGAACAAAAACUUUCUCCUCCCCUUGCCCUCCACCGUCAUGGUCCUAAAGCCCUCCCUAGUACCUCACAGUUGCUCGCUUAAGUUCUUACACUGACUGUAUAAAAACCUUAACCAUUACAGUCAUUUCGGCGAACUACACCAAUAACCGUGGGUUUAUUUUAAGAGACCUGCUCAGUGAAAAUGGCCUCCCCCCAUUCAGGCAGUUCACCUGUGGCAGGACUAAACAUCCCUUCAUCUGCAGAGAAUGAGACAAAAAAAGAAAUAAAGAAGGAGAAAGAAGAUGUCAAGGAGCAACCUAGAAGAAGCAGAGGUAAAGGGAAACAACUAAAGACUAUGCGCCCUAACAAAUGCUCCUCCUGCCAUGAAGAUUCUCCAAGUCCUUCAGGUCUUCAGAAAAUUUCUGCACAUGGCAAGGACUGGCAACCCCACACCUGUAAUCAAUGUGAAAAGACAUUCCCCAGUCAGUCCCAGCUGUCCAAGCACCAGCGCUCCCACUCCGCCCUGCGUCCCUUCCAGUGUCCACAGUGUCACAAGGCUUACAAGACGCCCACUGAGUUGCGCAAUCAUACCCGUUCCCACACGGGAGAAAAGCCAUUUGUCUGCUCUGAGUGUGGCAAAGCCUUUAUGCAGGCCAUCUGUCUGCGCAUUCACAUGACACAGCACAGUGGGGAGCGGCCUCACUCCUGUCCCCAUUGCUCCAAGAGCUACCCAACACUUUCAAAGCUUAAAGUGCACCAGCGGUCACACACAGGAGAGAAGCCCUAUUUUUGUGUGGAGUGUGGGAAGCGCUUUGCAGACCCCUCUGUAUACCGCAAGCACAGACGCAACCACCAAGGACACCGACCCUACUCUUGUGGCUUGUGUGGCAAGACUUACACCGAGCUAAAGGAUCUGAAGAAUCAUGAGCGCUCACAUACAGGAGAGAAACCUUACCUCUGCUCGGACUGUGGAAAGGCCUUCUCCCGUUCAUCCUCACUUGCUUGUCACUUACGUAUCCACUCUCAGAGUAAGCCCUACCAGUGUGAUCAGUGUGGGAAGGGGUUCACACAGUUGUCUUCUUACCAAUCUCAUCUGCGCACGCACUCUGGGGAGAAACCCUUUCUCUGCCCUCAGUGUGGGAAAAUGUUUUCUGAUCCUUCCAGUUUCCGUCGCCACCAGAGGGCACAUUCUGGCUUCAAGCCCUAUCCCUGUGAUAAGUGUGCCAAGCGCUUCCGCCAGCCAGCAGAUUUGGCAGUUCAUCUACGGGUUCAUUCAGGCCAACGGCCAUACAAAUGUCAGAGCUGUGACAAGGCUUUUGUGGCAUCAUGGGACCUGCGGCGCCACAUGCUGGUGCACACUGGGCUUCGACCCUUCUCUUGCUCUGAGUGCGGGAAGUCCUUUGCUGAGCGCUCAAGUCUCAACAAGCACUGCAGGGUACACUCUGGGGAGCGUCCCUUUAAAUGUAAUUUGUGCUGUAAGGCUUUUGUUGUCUCUUCAAGCCUGCGAAAGCAUGAGCGUACACAUCUUGCUGAGAGACCACCACAACAGCAGCCAGUGUCUGAGUCUUUGCAGCCUUUUUCAAUGUCUCUCUCCACUCCCACCACUCUCCCCCAGUUUUCAUGCAGCCAUUGUGAUGCUACAUUUGGUACAUGGGAAGAGGUCCAGGCCCAUGAAAGUCUCCACAGCAUCCCUCCUCCAUCUACCACUGUUGCUCUACCACUAGGUCCGCACACGUGUAGCUUGUGCCAAGCAGAGUUUAUCCAACUAUCUGAUCUACGUGCCCAUGAGCGCACCCAUCCCAAGCCUCGGCCCCACAUUUGUGAAAGCUGUGGAAAGGGCUUUUUGAACCAGGCCGGUCUGCGCAAACACCAGCGCAUUCAUUCAGCCACCCGACCCCAUGCCUGCCUAUAUUGUGGGAAAGCUUUCUUGUUUGCCGCCUAUCUACGUAAGCACAUGCGCAUCCAUCGUGACUCCCUGCCCUCUACCCCACCAACUCAACCCCCCCAAAUUACAAACACCCAGGUCCUCCCUUCUCAGCAAUCUGUGAAUGUUGUUUCUUCAUGCACUACAGAUCCCAGUGCUAUCGCUUUGGCUGUUCCAGUGUCUGUAUCUCUGUCUGCUUUCCAGACCCUGCCUGCCACUGUGUACAUUGACAAAGCAGAGGGUCUCUAAUGCAGACUGGAUUUAAUGCAUUUGUCAUUGGGCUGCAUUUGGGCUGGAGGAUCAGUUAGUUGUGGUCUUGAAGAAUUAGUUUUCUUCUGGCUUUUACUAAAUCAUUUAUCACCAGCGCAAUGACCACACUGAGAAAUGUCGAAUUCAUAUAUGCACAAUAUGCAAUCGCAUAUAAUUUGCAACACCACAACGCAAAGGAAAUGUUUUCAUUUUUAAUUUAUAUGUGAUGGUCUCUUAAGGUUCUGCCCAGUGGUGUAGGUUAUGUGGGAAAUUAUAUAUUAUGGAGGUAGCCUUGAACUUCUACCCUGAAAUGUAGUAUUCUUUCAUAAGAAUUUAUAUUCAUGCCUUUAUUUCUCUACUCAGUGAUUAUUCUAGUUGGGAGGUACAUUGUGACCUGCUGAGAGGUACAUUGUGAUGAAUGCAAUGUAAUGUUUACAUUCUUUUUUGCUAGUUGCCAGCAAAAUCUGGUUAAUUUCAUUUAUUUGCCAUGCUCAUUUAGCUUCUCUGUUGUCCACUCUCAUCUGUUGACCCUUAUUUGUGUUGAAUUAUAGCAUCAUUAUUUAUUGUAAAAUUGACAAAACCAAAGCGGGCAGCCAGUAGUGUAGUGGUUAAGCUACAUGACUGGGACUCGUAAGGUCGGUGGUUUGAUCCCUGGUGUAGCCACAAUAAGAUCCGCACAGCCGUUGGGCCCUUGAGCAGGGCCCUUAACCCUGCAUUGCUCCAGGGGAGGAUUGUCUCCUGCUUAGUCUUAUCAACUGUACGUCGCUUUGGAUAAAAGCGUCAGCUAAAUUACAUGUAAUGUAAUCAUGAUCAAAUGAGGAUCAUUAUUUUAUCCCCUUUUUUGCUAUAUUAUGUUAUAGUACAUUUUCAACAAGGCUGAUGUAGAACCAAAAUUACAAGACACUGCUAAACAAUUAGUUAUGAGUAGGGUCACCAGUUUCUCUCCCAUUGUUUUCUCUCAUGGUAGGGUAGAGCAGGGCAUAUUGUCACACUUUUCACUCUCUUGCAGUUCUUGAGUGCUGUACAUCACAGUGAAAUAAAUGUCAUCCCAAAUGAAAGACUGAAGUCUCAGGCACAUUUUAUAUUCAUUACAUAUUAAUUUAUGUACAGGGCUAUUGUCAGUAGAGUAGAGUGUGUGCAGUUCUGACAACUUGCCCCAUCAGUGGGUAAGUUAAUUCAACAAAGUAAUUUAUUUUUUAUUUUUUUCCCCAUUUAAAAUUAAAAACCAAAUAUAACUUCAUCAAAGGACCUGCAGGGCCAGACUUGGCAGGUGCUUUGCCCUCCAAGUGCAAUUGACAAACAACUGCAGAACACCCCCUUUCACAGCAUCAUAAUGUUUGGGACAUGUUAUGUAAAUAAAAGUAGUCAUGUUUGUAUUGUGUUGCAUAUCCUUUGCAUGCCAGGAUUUCGUGAUGUCUGGUAUCUUAUUUUCAGUUUGUCCUACAAUCAAUACUAGAGUUAUGCAUUUGAAAGGAUCUCUAUGGGAAUUGGGGGGUGGGACUAGAUUCAGCUGUAAAUUAUGCUGAGACAGUAUGGCACAUUUGUUGGCUAAAUAGCUUUCAAGUCAUCAAGAGUCCAUUUCGAGCCUCAACCACCAUGCUGCUGCCAGACACGCAGUUGAUACGAAAAUAAUUGUUUUUCCUGGAUAUUUUUUCCAUUGAGUUCAAUGGGAAAAUUUGUCAGGAGAAACUAUUCUUUUAAGGAUGGGUCUUUGUCUCAAACAUUAUGGAGGGCACUGUAUAUUUGUAUAUGAUAAUCCAUUUACAAUAACAUUAGUACUAUUGCAAGAAAUGUAGUUGCUAAUUAUACAAUAUCACAAAGAUUUUUGCACAAAUUCUAUGUGUCAAUUUAUAGUGGGGGGAAGUCAUGUGACAACUUGGCCCAAACUGAGAGAUAUGACUAAUUAAGGCUAUAUCUCAAGGUCAGCUUAACAUAGGACUGCAGCUAAAGUAAAAGACAUUUUAUUCUCUCCUCAGUACAAAAAUAGAACUUUUUACAUUCAAGAAAGUUUUUAAAUGUGAAGUGCCAUGUUUUUUACUUUUGAAGCUGAAAAAUAAAACCAUCCUCACCUCAGAUUAGUGUGAUUUUGACCCCAUGUAAACAAGAACAUCAUAACACAAAGUCACACAAAAUAACUAUUACAUUUUUGAGGUAGUGUGUCUUGUUUUGGAGAAAUGAACAGGAUGACAACUUACCCCCGCUCUCCGCUACUUCAGUCCUCUGCCGGCUAGAGAUUGCGAUAGCCUUUUUGUCAUGCCACCUCAAUAAUUCAAGCUGAUAAAGUAAUUGGCACUAAUUAAGCACAGCGAUUGACUGACACUGUUUACCAGGGAGACUGUGGACAUGCUGCAAUAUUUUUAUUUGUACAGGGGCUUUGUUGGAAGCCCAUGUAAAAAAUGAGAGAACGUUUAAUUUGCAGCAAGCAAUUUUUUUUACCUGAAGUUACCUGAAGUAUUGCUUGUAAACAGCACUGUCAAUCAUCAUCUGUGCCUAAAUUGGGGGCAACAUUGGCUCAGGCGGUAAGAGCAGUUGUCUGGCAGUCGGAGGGUUGCUGGUUCCAUCCCGCCCUAGGUGUGUCGAAGUGUCCCUGAGCAAGAAACCUAACCCCCAAAAAAUGCUGACGAGCUGGUUGGUGCCUUGCAUGGCAACCAAUCGCCGUUGGUGUGUGAGUGUGUGUAUGUAUGAAUGAAUGAGAAGGAUCAAUUAUACAGCCCUUUUCAAAAGGUGCUAUAUAAAUGCCAACCAUUUAUCAUUUAACUAGUGGCAAUUACUUUAUCAACUUGUAUUAUUCAGGUGGUGCUGAUUUGAAUUGUUUCAGACGGAGCUUGACAGAAAGGCAAUCACAACCUCUAGCUGGCAGAGGACAAGGGGAGACAAACUGCAGAACAAACAAUUAAUAAUUGUAAGAGCAUUAGUAUUUCUUGUGUGAUUGUUACACACAGGAACUGUAUAUAAAAUGCUAAAAUAACUAUAAUAAAAUGCUUUUGAAAUAA